UGUAGAAUGCUCUUAUACCAUGCUCUGUGAUGAUCCAAUUUAAUGAGAUUAAAUUAGAAUGUUGAGUACAAUAGAUGUAUUCUUGAUGCUCUGUUUGGUUUAGGCAGUGACCUGAUUUUGAACUUGUACGGCAAGAUCACUAUCAGUCUUUUGGAUCUAGCAUUAUUCUUUUGCUGUCACUGUCUGGAGCACUAUACUUGGGCAGGAACAUUAUGCUGUGAUCUGUUUGUGCUAUGAGAUUUGAUGACCUGCUUUAGACCGCAGCAUGCCAUGGGAACGUUUCUGUCUCUGAGAUGUUUCAGUCAUCUUUGGAUUGUGCUGUUGAUAGACAUUUUGGUUCAUCUGCUAUGUAUUCAUCUGUUUAUACAGGUGCUGUUCUUUUGCCCAAGUGUAUGCCAUUUUCAGAGCUCACUAGAUCAAGAAUGCUAUCUAGGUGUGAUCUCAUAUUCUAAUUUAAUUGAUGAUAUGUUAAUUAGAUCAGUUAUGGUACAAAUCUUUGAAGGUUUGAGGCCAACUGAUAUUAGUGAUCUGAGAGCCACCUUAAUAAAGCAUGAUAUUCAGUUCAGAUUCAGAUACAUAUUGUUUAUGUUCUGUUAUUACAUUUUGACAGUCAUUGUUUCUAUAUUCAUAUAUUUGUUUUAUAGUUCCUUCUACUCAUAUUAUAUGUCUUCUGAAAUAUGUAUAUAUAUGCUCUUAUAUCGUAAAUACUACAACAUAAGUCACCGGUGACAUCAUUACUAACACAUAAAAAAUCCCUUAAGGAACAGUCUACAAUUAACACUGAAUAAGUACCUAUUCUACCAUAUGCUAUCUAUUAUGAAAAUAACAUAUCCCAGAUAACUUAUUUAGUAGUAAAUAAUAUAAUCUCCCAUCUUUUAAUGGGUCUCACAUGUCAACGGCAUCGGUGCCGUUAGUUAGAGGAUCUCUCCGCGCCACGGUCACCUAACACCAAAUUAUCGUUGGGCCGAGGUAACAGACCCUCAAUGGGUGGAGGGCCUGACUCAAUAGCUCUGAAAUUCCAGCCCACUGCUCAGUCUCGUACUGUAAUAAGGUCGUCGUUCUCUUGCUGUCUCGGCCCGGCAGCCCACGACGAUCCGUACCCCUCGCCCCCUGUCGCCGGCGCCGCCGUUAUGUGCCCGCCGUCAAGUGGUAAUCUACUCUCACCUCUCCCUUUUCCCGCACCCUGCACUGCACCCCGGCGAACCUGCUGCCCUCGCCCGUCGCCGGCGCCCCAUCGAGUCGCCGCCAUGCCCGCCGUCAAGUGGCUGAUGCACUGGCACCCGAACCCCGGCGCGACGCUCAACAGCCAGAUCCUCGCGGAGGCGUGCGCCUGCGCGGAGUCCCUCGGCGGGGCCAAGGACGGGCGCUGGAAGACUUCCAUCUUCUUCUACCGCCCCACGACCCGCGACGGCGCGGGGGCCGCGGGGCAGCAGCAGCAGCAGCAGCACCCCGACGUGCCCCGGGAGCUCCUCGGCGUCGCGCUCCACGAGCGCCCGGGCCUUUACUUCUCCAUCGUCCGCGCCCAGCGCCUCAUCCUACAAGCCGACGCCGCGUUCCCCCAGGUCAUGGAGAAGCUUCAGUCCUACAAGGCCCGCGUCGCCCUCAACUUCGAGGGGUUUCAAUAUCAACUCGGUGAUUUCUGCCUGAGGAUAGGAAAAUGUGUUCCUAAUAAUUCUGAAGCACUGAGAGGAAUCAUGAUGGAGGUAGAGUAUUAUCCCCUAUCUUCCAUUGAAAAAUCCAGGGCAAUCAUGGAAGACUUCUUUGACAUAUGGCAGGAAACAGUUGCGAAGAAGUCGUUAGCUGGUCAUUUCAUUCAUGUAGAAUCUUACUUUUCAGAUUAUGGUCUUUCAGAUCAAUAUUCUUUCCAGCACACUGCUGUUCAGUAUGCAACUUGCUUGCAGCAACUCAUGGCUGCAGUAAGGGGCUAGAUCUAAAGACUAAACGUUUGGCAACAUCACCCUUUUUAACCUUUUCAGUUGGCUGGAAAUGUAUUUUGUAAUGAGAUGGAAAUGGUUUCUAGUUUCAUUUUCUUCCAUUUAAGUUUUGCCUUGAUUCACCUGUGAGGAAUUUGGCAAGUUGCGGCCACCACAUUCUGAAUAAGACCUGAAUAUGUUUCCAUGAA